UGUCAAACAACCGCCAAAUUUAGCUCAUUUUUUCGUUUGACACACGAUGGAGCAGACAUUGAUUUAAGUGUUCAUCAUUGAAAUCGUUGUUUCCCUAAAAUUCUGUGAAUAUUUGGAAAUUAUCGCUAGAAAAGAACACACUGUAACAUAGAAAAGGUGAGACGAUACUGUGUUAAAAAGGUGAGAAAAACUGUUUGGAUUUGAUGCAGUACGGUGAAUAAGCAUAAGCUAGAGCCCAUAAACAAAAGCGAAGCCGUAAUCAUUUCCAUCGGAAUUGGAAUCAUCGUUAAUCAUUCAAUUGAAUUGUUGGAAUUAUCGCCAUCGAAAUCGUGUUGAAAAUGUUGGACGACGCACCACCGCCAACCAAGCGAUUGAAGCUCCAAAAGAAGCCAUAUUCCGGCUCAAACAAAGAAAAUCACAAUCCCGACUAUAUUCCGAUGGGCAAAAAGGAGGAUGUUCGCAAACGUAAGGUGCCUGUUCGAAAACCAACUCAACCUCACAUUUCGGACUUGAAUGCAUACGUUUUGCUUGAAGUGAUCGAUUAUCUCUCGCUUGAAGAUUUGUGCAAUUUGGCGGAAACAAGCCGUCGUAUGCGACAACUCGCCCGACUAUCGUUCCAGUUCCGAACAAGCCAUGCGGACAUUCGAUUGACCAACGCAUCCGACAUGGUACUUUUGGGACGUUUAUGGGGCAACUUUGGGGAUAUGAUCGCAUCGGUCAACAUCUCGAUUCGCCACUAGAAGUAUAUUUGGCUUCUGUCUGUUUUCCGUCUGUGUGUCAGUUUUAUGAUAAUAGUGUCGACGAGACAAUGAUUUGAAAACAGCCAUCGAAGCUAAUUACAUCGGGUGCCAACAGACAUGCACAUUUAGACAACGUUUAAAUGUUUGCAUCGUCGGAAAUGAAUAGAAUUGUUUAAUUUUUAGUUGAUCUAAAUUUGUAAUAAGAAAAUCUGAAUAUUUGGGGGAAUAUUAGCCCAUUCGAAGAAAAUUGACAAAAAACAACGAAGAAAUCAAUUUCAAAACUGACUUCUUUCUAAAAUUAGUAUUAUCCAUUUUUUUAUGUAUAAAUUGCAAAUAAUCUGGUUAAAGUAAGGGAUAUAGAAACAUUUUUUAACAGGGAACAUAUUCAUCGACGUUUUGAGAGAAAAGAAACAUUGACUAAAGAAGGAAAAGAAUUGAAAAAAAAUCAUUAGAACAAAGAAAAUUGUGAAUACGAGUAAAUUGAAUAAAGUUUUGUCGUUGUCUAUCUUUCAAA